AUGAGUACUACAGUUGUUGAAAAUAAGAAAGACUUUUUAUCCUUCAGUGGAAGAAAAAGAGAAGUUGUUGAUGAAGAAGUUAGAAAAGCUGACUUCUCUGAAAUCCCAGUUAUUUCUUUAAAUCAAGAUAAGGAACUGUUAAUCAAAGAUUUAAAAUACGCUUGUAAAACUGUUGGUUUCUUUUAUAUCAAAGACCACGGAGUUCCUCAAGAAAGUAUUGAUAAGUUAUUAGGAGGAGCUAAAACUUUCUUUGAAUUACCAAAGGAAGAUAAGAACGAAAUUCAUUUCUCCAAAUCUAAACAUUUCCGUGGAUACGAAUCAUGUGGUGAUAACAAUACCGAAGAAGGUAAAAGACCAGAUUUGAAUGAACAAUUCAAUUGGGGUUAUGAAGCUAAACUUGAUCCUAUCAAGACUACAGAAGAGGUUGAAGAAUAUGAAAAGAAUGCUGAAAAGGACGUUAUGGCCGGUCCUAAUGUUUGGCCAGCUAAAGCUCCAGCUUUACAAACCGCUGUUGCUGAAUACUAUGGUCACGUUUUGAUAUUAGCUAGAAGAUUAGUAAAAUUAUUCGCAUUAGCUUUAGAUUUACCUGAAACUUACUUUGAUAAUCUUUUCCAAACUCCUGGUGCCAUUGGUAGAGUUUUACAUUAUUUCCCUCAAGCUUCAAAUGAUAAGAAUAUCUUAGGUAUUGGAGCUCAUACUGACAUUGAAUGUUUCACUAUUUUAUAUCAAGGGAAGGUUCCUGCUUUACAAGUUUUAAAUAAUAGAGGAGAAUGGAUUCAAGCCCCUCCAAUUGAUGGAACUUUUGUCAUUAACAUCGGUGAUAUGUUAGCUAGAUGGUCUAAUGAUGUUUUCAUUUCUACUGUUCAUAGAGUUCUCAACUUAACUGGUAAUGAGAGAUAUUCUAUUCCAGUAUUCAUUGGUACUCAAUAUGAUACUAUGAUUGAACCAUUAUAUACUUGUGUUGGAGAAGAAGGACCUAAAUAUAAGCCUAUCAGAGCUGGGGAAUAUGUUUAUAAGAGAUUAGCUUUCAGCAGACUUUCUAAGGAAGAAUAUGAGGAAAAGAUCAAGACUCUUUAG